AUGGCACCAUUUGUUGAAGACGAGAACAAUGUUGCUGCCACGAACGGAACGAGCCGUCCAGAUAGCUCAACGACCAACGGUACAACCAACGGUACAACCAGCGGUACGACCAACAACCAGAAAAUACCUGAUCCAAACGGUAUCACUUUGUCGCAGCUACCAGAGAACCAUGACCCUUUGCAGCCGUACAAGAUUGAUAAGUUUGACGACGGCCUGAGAUACGAUACCCUUCAGAUUCAUGGAGGACAUCGGCCUGAUAAGGAGACCCAUGCUCGGGCAGUACCCAUUUAUAACAGCGUGUCCUUCGUUUUCACUGAUAGCAAUCAUGCUAAGAGAAUUUGCUCAACCGAAGAGGGUGGAUAUUUCUACAGUCGAAUCUCCAACCCAACAGUUGCAGUCUUCGAAAAGCGCGCAGCCGCUCUCGAAGGUGGCACAGCGGCCAUCGCCACAUCCUCAGGUCAAGCAGCAAUCUUCAACACGAUCAUUUGUCUCGCAGGAGCAGGCGACAAUAUUAUUGCUUCAAUCAACUUGUAUGGAGGAACCUACAGCCUGUUCAAGACGUUGCUACCACGACUCGGCAUCACAGUCAAAUGGGCGAAGCGCGAGACAAGAGAAGAGUUCGAACAGUACAUCGACGACAAGACGAAGAUGAUCUUCGUCGAAACCAUUGGAAACCCACGAUGUAGCAUUCCUGACCUCCAGGACUUGGGAGAUCUUGCGCAUGAGAACAAUGUUCCCUUUGUAGUGGAUAACACCUUUGGCGCAUGCGGGACUUGGUGUCGACCAAUCGACUUCGGUGCAAAUAUCAUUGUCCAUUCCGCAACCAAGUGGAUGGGCGGUCAUGGAACCACAUUAGGAGGCGUGAUCAUUGAUUGCGGUACAUUCGACUGGGGCAAAGCCAUUCAUCGCUUUCCUCGCCUCUCAAACAAAGACGGGCCGAUGAGUUUCUCCUACUGGAAAUCUUUUGGCAAUAUUUGUUUCGCCAUGGCAAUGCGAAUCGAUAUUUUGAUGGAAGUGGGAUCCAUGCUGGCCCCAGCAUCGGCGCAGCAGUUGUUGAUAGGCAUGGAAACGUUGAGUAUAAGAAUUGCUUGGGUGAACUAUCCUGGCUUGGAAGGCAACAUCUAUCAUGAGAACGCAAAGCGAUAUCUGAAGAACGGCUUUGGUGGCGUUCUGGCGUUUGGGCCCAAGGGGGGUGAAGUGGCGAGCAAAAUGCUCAUGAAUUACGUCAAGGUCGUUUCGCAUCAAACCAAUGUCGGCGAUGCUAAAACGCUGGCAACCCAUCCAUGGAAUUCGAGCCAUGUGAUCAUGUCAGAGAAAGAUAGACGCGAAGCUGGAAUCACUCCCGCUUUCAUUCGUUUUUCGGUCGGCAUUGAAGAUGUCCAAGACAUCAUUGACGAUCUCGAUCAAGCUUUGGCAAAACUCCCUGAAGAUCUUCUCAAUGCCUUUGAUGAGAAGUUGAUCCAGAAAUUGGAAACUCAUGCAAAGGACGAAGUCCUGAUUGGUGAUCUGGCUGAUUAUAACGAUAUGGAUGUCCUGGUUUCGAAGACGAAUCAUCCACCUGGGCGGCAACAGGCUGUUGAGAGUUGA